AAGCCUUUUUCUUUCCCUCUUUGUUUUCUUCUUUCUUCUUGUUUUUCUUUGUCCUUAUGGAAAUUACACAACAACACAACACCACUACCAAACAUAAAGCUGCUGCUGCUGCUUCUUCUUCUUCAACAACUUCACCUUAUUAUUAUUCCAAGAUUGGUAUUGUCUUUUGUGUGCUGUUUAACUCACCAAAAACCUCAUAUACAUAGACAUUAAUUGUGUUUCUGUUUGUUUGUUUCCUUUUGACUUUUGAGUUUGAGAUACCCUUUUGUUUGGUUUGGUUUUGGGAUAUGGAAAUGGAAGGUUUUGCUGCUUCAUCAGAGAGGAGUAGUGGUGUUGGAGGUGGGUAUGCUUCAUCUUCUUCACUGGUUUUGGAUAGGGUGAAGGGUGAGUUGGUUGAAGCACCUGUGAAAUUAGAGCGCAAGGGUGUGUUCCCUGAGAGAACCAUUGAAGCUUUGAAGAACCACAGUGAAGCUGAGAGGAGGAGAAGAGCUAGAAUCAAUGCUCACCUUGAUACACUCAGAACUGUCAUCCCUGCUGCUAACAAGAUGGACAAAGCAUCAUUACUGGCUGAGGUUAUUAGACAUCUGAAGGAGCUGAAAACGAAUGCAGCACAAGCAUGUCAAGGCCUAAUGAUACCAAAGGACAAUGAUGAAUUAAGAGUUGAAGAACAAGAAGGUGGAUUGAAUGGCUUCCCUUAUUCAAUAAGAGCAUCUCUAUGCUGCGAAUACAAACCCGGCUUGUUAUCUGAUAUAAGACAAGCACUUGAUGCACUUCAUCUUAUGAUAAUAAGCGCAGAGAUCGCGACGUUAGGAGGCAGGAUGAAAAAUGUGUUUGUGAUAAUCAGCUGUGAAGAACAGAGCUUUGAAGAUGCUGAGUAUAGGCAGUUCCUGGCCGGAUCGGUUCACCAAGCUCUUAGGUCUGUUCUUGAUAGAUUUUCUGUUUCACAGGACAUCUUAGAGUCUAGAAAGAGGAGGAGAAUUUCUAUAUUCAGUUCAUCAUCCUUGGAAGAUUUUUUGUAAGAACCUUGUUUUUAUUUGGUUUAAGGUAAUUUUAAGUCCCCAAUAUGCAUAGCUUAUAUUAUAUAUCUGGUUAUGAUCAGGAGAUAGCAAUGUUUCAUGUUUCAUGUUACAUGAAUGAAUCAUGCAAAUGUUUCAGAUUGAGCUAGCUAGGUUGGUAGCUGAUCAGUGAUCACAGCAUUUGAUGUUUUAACCAAUUAGAGAAUAUGAUGUUUUGUAUGAUAUUGUUGAAUCUUGUUUGGGACUUGUUUGGAAAAGUGUUAAUAAGUUUACCUGUUAAUUAUAAUAUGCUUUGUACUUAAA